CUAUCAAGAACUGCAAUCUGAGCUUGAAAUUCUGGUUUUCAUUCCCUGCCAGACUGAUUUAUGCUCACAGUACCGAAUAGUUGCUGUCAAACAUCACUUGUAAGAAUGUUUCAAAAUAGCUUGGAACCACAAAAACAAAUCCGUGCAUAAACUUUUUUUAUACUAAUACUAGAUCGAGUCGAGGAACCCAAUAAUGACAGUCAACCCCUUACAUUCAAUAUAAGUCCACUUGAGAUUUGAGAGAGCUGAGAUCAAAGAUCAAGGCAAUGGAAGAAAACGAAAUCAAGAACUUCAUAAAGGUAUGGAUUUCAGCAUUCAUUUCUUUAACUUAUUGUUAUUUCAUACCCAUGAAAAUCCCAAAAGGAAAAUUCAGAUUUCUUUCUCUCCUCCCAGUUCUCUACUUAUUUACAUUCAUUCUUCCGUUUAAACUCAGAACAAUAUCUUUAGUAGGUGGUACAGCAUUUUUCCUUACAUGGCUUGCUAAUUUCAAUCUCAUUUUAUUCUCAAUUGACAAAGGUCCAUUAUCAUCAUCAUCAUCAUCAAAUCCACCAAUUUCAUACUCAAAAUUCAUUUCCACUUCUUGUCUUCCCAUUAAACUAAAAAACCCAUCAUCAUCAUCUCAUCAUCAAACCACAACUACUACAAAUCUAGCAAUCAAAGGUUUGAUUCUAGGAUUAUUAACAAUUAUUUAUGAACAUAAACAAAUCAUUCAUCCAAAUUUGAUGUUAGUGUACUAUUGCUGUUAUCUUUACCUUUGUUUAGAAUUACUGUUAGCCAUUGUUGCAGCCAUGGUCUCAAAACUGCUAAAGCUGGAUCUUGAACCCCAAUUCAAUGAGCCAUUUCUUUCAACUUCAUUACAAGAUUUUUGGGGACACAGAUGGAAUUUAAUGGUGCCAAAUAUUCUCAAACCAACUGUUUAUGAUCCUGUCCGGUAUGUUUCUGUGGCUGUGAUUGGUUGGAAGUGGGCUCCACUUCCAGCGACACUGUCUACUUUUCUCGUGUCCGGGUUAAUGCACGAACUCAUUUUCUACUACUUCGGACGUGUGUAUCCGACAUGGGAAGUCACUUGUUUUUUUCUGCUCCAAGGAAUUUGUGUGGCAUUGGAGAUACUGGUGAAGAAAUUGGCUAAUGGCAGGUGGAGGCUGCAUCCGAUGAUUUCGAGACCGUUGACGGUUGGGUUUGUGUUGGUGACGGCUGUUUGGCUGUUUUUUCCGCAGGUUCUGAGGUUUAAUGGGAUUGAUAGGGUGAGUAAUGAGGUUGCUGCAGUUGUUGGGUUCUUUAAGGAAGCUGGAACAACUUUGAAGUUAGUUUUCAGGGUAUAGAUUGUUUAAGGUUAUGAAAUAGGAACCACUGCCUCAAAGUCUAGAGUUUUCUGUUUGGCUUAUACUGAAUUGCUCUCUAGUGAGUAUCCUUGUUCAAAAUUUGUUAAUUACAAAAACUUGAAUAUGAGUUUGUGAGCUAUCCAUAAUAAAUUGUCCAUUGU